AUGCCACCCUCGUUCUUUCAAAAGCCUGAAGCGGCGUUGAAAAGAGCCGAAGAAUUGAUUCGAGUCGGGAAAGAACAAGAUGCUCUUGAAACUCUUCAUGAUACAAUCAAGGCUCGACGACAUAAACAAUGGACACAAACUCAUGAAGAGAUUAUGCUCAAGCAUGUCACUCUUUGUGUCAGCCUUCGCAAACCGCACACCGCCAAGGAUGCGCUCUUUCAAUACAAAACUCUCACUCAACAGAUUGCUGUGACUUCUUUGGAAAAAGUGAUUACUCACUUCUUGUCAUUGGCUGAACAACGUACAGAGGAAGCACAAAAGAUUUCCAUAGAAAAAGUCGAAGAAAUCGAUGACCUUGAUCAAGGAGAUGCACCUGAGCAUUUGCUUCUUUCUGUGGUCUCUGGUGCUGCGGCUCAAGAUCGAAUGGAUCGCACAGUGUUAGCUCCAUGGCUUCGUUUCCUUUGGGACAGUUUCAGAAACUGUUUGGAAUUGUUGAGAAACAAUGCUCAAGUGGAGCAACUCUAUCACAAGAUCACUCGUCAAUCCCUCGCCUUCUGCGCUAAAUUUCAGCGCAGAACCGAGUUCCGCAAGUUGUCUGAUUUAUUGCGCUUGCAUCUCAAUCAAAUCCAAAAACAACAACACUUGCCACAUGGAGUGAAAUUGUCUUCUCCAGAGUCGUUGGUGUUGAUGCAAGACACUCGUCUUUGCCAGCUCGAUACAGCUAUUCAAAUGGAGCUCUGGCAAGAAGCCUACCGGUCAGCUGAAGAUGUACACGGAAUGAUGCAACUCUCAAAGGAUAAAGAUCGCCGAAUGGUGAAAGCCACUAGCUAUGUCAAUUAUUAUGAUAAGUUGGCUCUCGUCUUCUGGAAAGCUGGUAAUCGAUUGUUUCAUGCGGCAGCUCUCCUCCAAAAGUUCAUCAUCUACAAAGACAUGAAGAAAUCAUUCACCGCUGAUGAGGCUCAAGAUCAAGCGACUCGUGUCCUUUUGGCGACCCUUUCGAUCCCUGAUGGAGCUGAUUCAGCCUCUGAUCUGACUCGGCAUCUUGAUAUGGAGGAUCAUCAUUUGGCCAACAUUCGACUUUUGUCCAAUUUGCUGAAGUUGCCGAUUGCACCAACUCGUUCAGGAAUUUUACGAGAAGCGGCCCGAUUAGGAGUUCCAGAAUUGGCAAAUGCCGAGUCAUCAACCCUUUAUCGCCUUCUUGAGAACAACUUUGCUCCCAAUCGUCUCGCUUAUCUUACCGAAGUGCAAUUAAAGAAAAUUGAGAGCGAAAAGGUUGAAUACUCACAAUAUGUGGAUGCUCUUCGCAUUGUCAUUGCUACAAAAACACUCAAACAAAUCUCUGUGAUUUAUGAUACAAUCUCAUGGGCUCGACUUCGUCAAGUGCUUCCUUUCUUUGAUGAGUUGGCUUUAGAGCAAUUCUUGGUCGAUGUCAGCAAGCAUCGUUAUGUUAAGGCAAAUAUCGAUCAUCGUGAUAAUUGCAUCCGCUUUGGUGGCUCUUCGGAAGCGACUCUUGCUGGAAGUUUUGAUCUUGAAGAAGCUGAUGGAUUUACAGGAGAUGAUACUCAGUUGGGUGUUGGAGGGAUUCGAGUUCAUCUCGAGCAAAUGCAUAACAAAUUGCGCGAAAUGGUUGACUGGCUUGAUGGUGAUGAGCGUCGCACGAAAGCCAUUGAACAAGUGCGCAAAUUAGCUGGAGUCUAUCAACAUCACAAAAUGGCUGAUUAUGAGCGAAUUCAACAGAGACGACGAAAGAUUGAAAGCUAUAAGGAAACGAGCGAACGGGUGAAAGAACAGAAAUACGCAGAAGCAGUCAAAGAGAAGUAUAUUCAAGAUGAAAGAAAACGAAAUGAGGAACGAAUUCGUCUUGAACAGGCAAAUAAAGAACAAGACAUUCGCCGCAAACAGAAUGAACAAGAAGAAGUUCAAAGAAAGAUUCGCACGGAUAAGAUGAAGAAACUUCAACAAAGUUCGCUUUAUCAAGCAGUGCUCAAGAAUUACACUGAAGAGGAGUUAGCUACAAUGGAUCCUGAAGCUGUGCUUAAAGAACAGCGUGCUCGUCUUGACGCUGAACGCCAAGAGCAACAGCAACGCUUGCAGCUUCAAGAAAAGAAAUUCGAUCACACGAUUCGUGCUUUCCAUUUGGAAGAAAUGAAAGAGCGUCGAGCAUUGGAGGAUGUUCGUCAACAGAAAGCUCCUCGACUCUUCAAUGAGUACGAACAGCGCCGAGUUACAACAGCUAUUGCAAAUCACGAGGAGAGUGUUAAGAUGUGGGAUAGAAUAAAAGGAGUGCACGAAGAUGCGCAUGAUUGGAUCAAGAACGUUAAAGAUCGUCAUGUUGAUGACUUUGAUGCAAAGUUACGCGAGUUUGAAGAGAAAUUGGACGCAGUGCGACUUGCACGAUUGGCGGAUAGAGCUGAACAAAGGAAAACAGCGAAAAAACGUGAAUGGGUGUUGAAGAAAAUGGAAGAAGAAAGAAUUCGAAAAGAAACUGAAGAACGCCAAAAGCAACAAGUGCUUGAAGAUCAACGACGAGCCGCUCGUGGAGAGCGUAUGGAUCAACGACGAGAACGCGAAGAUGCUCCAUCAAAAGCAAUGGCUGAUGAUGAUUGGCGUGGAGGAUCUCGUCAACCAAUUCAACGACCAAUGCCCAGCACUCGUGAAGCUUUCCCCGAACGAGGUGAACGGCAACCGAUGCGAGAGAGACCAAUGCAACAACGAGAACAACCCGCUUCCGCUGCUGACAAUGAUCAAUCGUGGAGAGCAUCAAUGUCCCGUCCGAUGCCUCAACCCCAUCCUUCUGCUCAAAGCGGUGGUCCAGAAUCCGAUUCCCGUACUGGAUUCUAUCGACCUGGCGCUAUGCAACAACGUCGGAAUGUGGAACGAUUGAAUGUGGAACGAUCAAAUCAACCCACAGAAUCCGGUGUUUGGACAAGAGGCCAAGUUGCUGCAACACCAACAGCCGGACCUGCCGAUGGAGCCCCUCAAGUGCCGAUUCAAGAGAAGAAACAGGGAUAUGCACCACCACAUCAAAGACGAAGAGAAAAUGAUGUGAUGCUAAAUGCGAACGCUCCAGCAAAUCAACCAGACUCUGAGGGUUUCGUUCAUGUUGGACACCCAAAGCGUCCAGGUCCUCGACCCGGUCCUCAGAACUCACAAAAUGAACCCCCACGACGCGGUCCUCCUCCACCACGUGGGGGAGCCGAUUCGGAUAACUGGCGUCGCAAC